AUGGAGCCCGAAGACACCACCUCCGACCUAUCUGGCGAUGAAGCUGUGACCUCACGGGUUAUCGACAGACACAGAGCUCAAAAUGCUACAUUUACUGCACUGCUUGAAGAGCAUGUUGUCAAGGGGCCGAGUGACGGGCCCAAUGGAGAAAAUGUCAAACUAUCUGAUGCGGAGCUUUCAACUGCUCGUCUACUCGCAAAUACAGAGCCUGGGGGUGGAGUCCUAGACCCCCGUGAAUACCAAAUCGAGCUCUUUGAAAGAGCAAGAGCUCACAACACAAUCGCGGUUCUUGACACAGGGUCUGGGAAGACUUUGGUGGCUGUGCUCUUGCUCAAGCACAUUCUCCAAAUCGAACUUAAUAAACGUGCAAAUGGCACAAAACCCCGCGUUGCCUUUUUUCUGGUGGAUAGUGUUACCUUGGUCUUUCAACAGUCCGCCGUAUUGAGAAACAAUCUCGACCAAAAAGUCGCUCAUUUUUUCGGUAAUCUUGGACCUGAUCUUUGGGACAAACAGACAUGGGACAAGCACCUUGAAAAGUACAUGGUGAUUGUGUGCACUGCAGAGAUCCUGAAUCAAUCUCUACUAAACGGCCAUGUGGGGAUUGAACAGAUCAAUCUUCUGAUCUUCGACGAGGCCCAUCAUGCCAAAAAGGAGCAUCCAUAUGCCCGUAUCAUCCGAGAUACCUACCUGAAAGCGGAUCCUGAAAAGCGCCCAAGGAUCUUUGGGAUGACUGCCUCGCCGGUUGAUGCCAAGUGUGACAUAGCGGAAGCAGCAAUUCAACUUGAGACUCUUUUAGACAGUCGCAUUGCAACAACAUCUGAUCUUGCGCUCCUGCGAAACUUCGUGAACAAGCCGAUGGAGGAGGAAUGGGUCUACGACAAGCUUCCACCACUGUUUGACACAGAUCUGCAUGGUACUUUGAAAGCAAAAUAUGGGGAUAUGUCAAUUCUUGAAGGUGUAUUUCGAUUUGGAUCUAACGCAAGCUCGGAACUAGGUGCUUGGUGCGCAGACCAGGUAUGGGCUCUGGCCCUAGCAGACGAAGUGCUUCCCAAGCUGGAGGGCAGUAUUGGCAAAGCCGAUUCUGAUCCCCAGGAUUCUGAAAAGAAUUCAGAGGACAUCAAGCGGAUCCAAGAAGCCAACCAAUAUGUCAAGGAAUAUAUUGCAAACCAGAAAUCUACGCCUAGUGAUCUCAGCUCCAAAGUCGAGCUUUUGAUAAAGAAGCUUGAAGAACAGUUUGCAAAAUCGCCAGAUACCAAAUGCAUUGUGUUCACAAAGCGGCGCAAUACAGCCAAAGUAUUGUUACAGCUGUGCGAAAAACUGCAAAUCCCAAACCUACGUCCCGAUGUCUUGGUCGGCGUUCGCAAAGGAGAUGCCCUAGGAAUGAACUCCACAUUUCGUCGGCAGUUUCUUGUCUUGGUCAAAUUCCGAAAAAGUGAAGUCAACUGCUUGUUUGCAACAUCGGUCGCAGAGGAAGGCCUUGACAUCCCAGACUGUAACCUGGUGGUUAGAUUUGAUCUGUAUGAUACAGUGAUUCAAUAUGUCCAAAGUCGAGGCCGUGCCAGACGUGCCGACUCAGUGUACGCAACCAUGGUGGAAAGUGGCAAUCGCAAUCACAGCAUCAGACUACAGGAAGUUCGCAGAGCAGAGCAUUUAAUGAAGAAUUUCUGCAACCUGCUGCCGGAUGAUCGGAAACUGUAUGCAGACGAUCACGAUAUGGGAGUACUAGUUCGCGAGGAAGAUCGGAAGAGAACGUACACUAUCAAGAGUACAGGUGCCAUGCUGACAUAUCGCCAUGCGAUUGGUGUUCUAGCACGAUUUGCUAGCUCAUUGCAAUACGAGAAUGAGAUCUCGGCUUCAGCUACAUACAUUGUCAUGUCAGAAAACGAAUCAUUCAGCUGUGAAAUAAUUAUGCCGGAGAAAUCGCCUGUUCGAAGAGUGCUUGGAUGUUCCGAAUCAAAGAAAUCACUUGCUAAGCAGUCCGCAGCUUUUGAUGCAUGUAUGCUGCUUCGCAAAAGGAAUUUGUUGGAUGAACACUUUAACUCUGUCUAUCACAAGCGCCUUCCAGCGAUGCGCAAUGCUAAACUGGCUAUUACUUCAAAGAAGACUGACCAGUACCGAAUGCGUACCAAGCCCUCAAUUUGGGCGAGGCAACAGGGAACCACCCCAACACGCCUCUACGCGAUAGUGAUUCGUCUCAUCCCAUCAGAGCCCCUAACUCGUGCUCACGGAAGUAUCGUCUUGUUUACACGAGAGCGGAUUCAGGCAAUGCCAACUUUCCCGGUCUUCUUGGACGAUGAUAUCGAGACUAUGGUCCAAUCUUUGUGCAUUGAUGGGUGCCUGGAGGUUGCUUCUGAAGAGCUCCAAGGUCUGACUGCAUUUACACUUGCUGUUUUUCACGAUGUGUUUCACAAAACCUACAAGCAUGUGUCGGAACAGUUUCCGUACUGGCUUGCGCCUGCUCGAGAGGCUGUCGACAAUGGAACGCCAACAAGUCUCUUUGACAUCAUCGACUGGCCGGCUUUGCGCUACGUUCAAGAUAACCCCAAGCUUAUGUGGUCCCCUAAUAUAGAGCCGGAAUCGCUGCUGACUCGAUUCAUCUACGAUGACUGGAAUGGAAAGUAUCGAUACUUCCCGCUUGCUAUAGACCCCAAUCUACGUCCUUCAGACCCACCCCCAUCCUAUGCACCUUCUAGAAAGUGGUCAGACGACAUCAUGAAUUGGUCCUUGAGUUUGAGCAAAAAUUCACGCCCGAAAUUCUUCAACCGAUGUAUCUGGACUCAACCGGUAUUACAGGCAGAGUUGAUCUGUCUUCGGCGGAACUUUCUUGACAAAGCGGCAGAAGAAGAGAAAUCAUCCAACUCGAGAUGUGUCAUUUGUCCUCAGCCUUUGGCUCUAUCCUCGAUUUCCAUGUCUGUGGCCGCGACGUGUUUUGUCUUUCCAGCAAUUAUCACUCGAAUGGAGUCAUACCUGAUCGCCCAGGAGGCAUGCGAAAUGUUAGGCCUUGGUAAUAUUAAGCCCGAAUAUGCCCUGGAGGCCUUCACUAAGGAUUCAGACAACACUGAAGAGCAUCGGAGCCUACAGAUUCACGUUCAACGAGGAAUGGGAAAAAAUUACGAGCGCCUUGAAUUACUAGGAGACUCUGUCCUCAAGAUGGCAACAUCGAUUUCGCUCUUUGCUCAAAAUCCCGACGAUGAUGAAUAUGACUAUCACGUUAACAGAAUGUGUCUCAUCUGCAACAAGAACCUGUUCAAAACUGCAACUGAACUGAAGUUAUAUGAGUACAUACGUAGUCGUGGGUUCUCUCGACAUAUGUGGUACCCCCCAGGUCUUUCGCUUGAAUAUGGUCGGGACCACGCCAAAUUCUUUGCUAAUGAAUGCAAUCACUCCUUAGCCGAGAAGACUAUAGCAGAUGUCUGCGAGGCCUUGAUAGGAGCCUCUUUGCUCUCAGGAGGUGAUGAUAAUCGCUAUGACAUGGCCGUCAAAGCUGUGACCAUCUUCGUCAACAGUCAGAACCACACGGCAGCCUCGUGGAAAGACUACAUCUCUGCAUAUUCCAUUCCUUCGUACCAGAAUAGGCCGGCUGAUGGAUUCGAAAAGAACUUGGCUCAGCAGAUCCUUGAGAAAGUAGGCUACGAGUUCAAGUACCCCCGUCUUCUACGGUCAGCUUUCACGCAUCCGUCUUAUCCAUUGGCAUGGGCGAAGGUACCUUGCUACCAGAGACUCGAGUUCUUGGGUGAUGCACUCCUCGAUAUGGUGUGCGUGGAGCACUUGUUUCAUCGGUUCCCCGACCGAGAUCCGCAGUGGUUGACUGAACACAAGAUGGCUAUGGUAUCAAACAAAUUCCUCGGUGCUUUGGCUGUAAAGCUAGGGCUUCAUCUUCAUCUUCAGCAUUUCAGCAACCCUCUCAUGAUCCAAAACAGCAAAUACGCAGAGGAACUCCAGCUUGCAGAGAGCGAAAGCAAUGGAGAGGUAGACUAUUGGCUGUCGACGUCAGAUUCUCCAAAGUGCCUUCCCGACAUGCUCGAGGCUUACCUCGGUGCCAUAUUUGUGGAUUCUGGCUUCGACUUCACAGUUAUUGAGGCCUUCUUCGAGAGGCAUAUCUUGCCUUUUUUCCACGACAUGUCUAUUUAUGACACAUUUGCAAACAGGCAUCCGACGACAUUCCUUCAUAGCCAAAUGACUCACAACUUCCGAUGCAUGGAUUACUGCUUGAAAUCCGCAGAGAUUCCUGCCGUGGAGGGAGAAACCCCCAAGGUCUUUGCUGCAGUUAUGGUACACGGCGAAUCCAUUGCCAGCGCAGUCGCAUCUUCUAGUCGGUACGCCAAAGUGAGGGCUAGCAGCAAGGCAUUGGCUGUUAUCGAAGGAAUGUCAAUUUCUCAGUUCCAGGAGAAAUAUCACUGUGCUUGUCAGGGUGGGCAGGUCACCGUGGACCGCGCCAAUAUCGGAACGGCAGUUUGA